AUGCCACUAGCUCGUCGACCAACGCCCUCGCAUGAUGCCGCGCAGGUGCUGGUGUCGUUCCAUCAGAAUGGCACUCCCGUGGAGCUGACCGACGAUGCAAGACGAUUCUCCGGAGGGCCACGAGCAAGUCGGCCCUUAGCGCUGGCCAAUGUCACUCGGCCGCCGCAGAACCGCCGGAGGGUCUGGCGGGCCUGUGAAUCGUGUCGCAAGAAGAAGAUCAAGUGUGAUGGCUCGGAUCCGUGUCAGUGUUGUCUGGACACGGCCAGCGAGUGUGUCUAUGCUGGAGAUGGCUUUCGACGGGGGUUUGUCGAUGCCCAAGUGCUGGAGGUGUAUGGAAAACGCCUCCGCGCGCUGGAAGAUCUCGUCACCAGUCUCGUGGACGAACAACAGCGACUCGCCGCCCAGCUUGCCUUGCAGAAGGACACCACAUCGGCUGUGAGUCGUGAUGUGGCAUCGAAUUUGUGCGAACAGCAUGAUGUAGUUGCUGCACCAUUCUGCCAGGACGUGCCCCUGCCCCCAUCCGAGCCUAUCGCCCCCCAGGAGCAGUUCACCCCCAUCACGCAGUUGGUCCCGUCAGACACCACCGAUACGAUCGAUCCAGAGCUGGUCAGUAGCUCAGCCGACGAGUCUCAUGCGGUUCCGUUGGAUCUGCCAAAUCACUCCGUUGGCUCGAUUCUCCAGACAGCUCAUGCGGGUAAAAAUGACACUGCCACGGCCCCAAUGGUCUACAGUGAUGACUACGGAACGCUGGCAGCCGAUGGAACAGACGGAGCCAAAUAUGUCGGGCUGGGCGCAACAGUCUGGCUGAUGGAUGAUUGCCCAGGCAUCCGAACUCGCGUGCGACAAGAGCUCCUCCAGAAAGGACACCAACCGCAAGAAUCACUCUUAAGCCCAUCGAUCGGUUGCGAGGCCGCGAUGAAAGCCGAGUCCAGCCCAAUAGAUCGGACGGGACACCUGCCCCCCGUGCCUCUCAUGGAUACUCUCAUCGACACGUUCUUCCGUAAGGUGUACAAACUGUUCCCGAUCAUCGAGGCGGAAGACUUUCGCCGGCAGUAUUUGAUGCUGCGCUAUCAUAGUGGCUCGCGAUCAGGGUUCGUGGAACUGCUCUACUCCGUCCUGGCCGUCUCCUCGCCGCAUAUCUCGCCCGAUGACCCCGUCUGGAGUCGCCCCGGCUGCUCGGCAUAUCGAUGUCUGGAUCUCGGGGAUCACUUUUACAGCCUCGCGGUCGCGGCGGUGGGCGCCCACGAACAGCAUCUGUCGUGGAUGACAUCAUUUACGGUGCAGGACCCUAGUAUCAAUACCGUCACGGCGUUUACCCUCCUUGGGAUGCAUCUGACGCAGCUGGGAAAGCUGAACGAGGCAUGGCGGAUUGUCGGACACGCAGUGCGAUUGGGCUACGAAAUGGGCCUGCAUGUAAGUCUCAUUUAG